CUCCAGCUUGAACUAUUAUUUGAAAAUUGUCAAAGCCUUUUAAGUGAGAUGAGGGACGUGACCGUUCAAGUGGCUGGAAAUUUAGGCGCUGAGACAGCAGCAGUGGCAAAAGCUGCUGAACCUAAGCAGCAGUUAGAGCAACAACUGGAAUCACUGGGUGAGUUUACUUCACCAGGAGUGUAGCCUGAGUAUCAGGCCUUCCUAAGGGGCUACGGGAGAGGAGAUUUUAGACGGGGGAGGGGAGCGUCUUUCCCCUUUUCCCCCAGAAACGCCUGAUACUCAGUAGCCUGCGUUGCUGGCGGUAUUGUGUGGGUGCGAGAAAGUUUUGGCGGCGAAGCCGUGUUCCAAAAAAAGGGAGUAGGGACGAGGCGGUAUUUCUCGCAGCUUCGCCGCUCGUGACGGCUGCACCGUCAAAUCUCACUCGACUAUAUUACAACGGUUCCGCCGCCAAAUCUCACUCGACUACUACACAAUACCGCCAGCUACGCAGGCUAGAUACUCAGGCUACCAGGAGUGAUCCUGACUUUACUUGAUUACAAGAUUAUUCAGAUAGUAGUAAUGAUAAUUCUAAUAACACUUUGAAAACGACAAAAACCUUAAUAAUCUGCUGAAUCGAACAAAUACAUUCCAGCCUUGAUAUACAAACAAGGUCGGCGAUAUUGAUUUAAGUGUAUGUUCUUUGAUUAUAAACUAUGAAUAUUCACGGGAAUACAUAUUGCCCGAACAUCAACUCUAUGCUUGCAGUUUGUCAGUCUCGUUUUGUUAAGAAGUAUUUAUCUUAACUUGCAGAGACUCAGCUGAAACAGGAGAAAGAAAGAGGUGCAAGGAAAAUACAGGCUGUGCGCUUGACUUGCCAGAAUCUUGUACUUCACAUGGCGAAAACGGUGAAGGAAUACUUCAAAAAGACGAUGGAGGACACGCGUCGGGAGCAUAAAAAGGAAUUGGAGCGAGCGCGCAGAGAGGGAAUCCAGGAGGGAAUGCGACGCCAAAGACAUCUUUUACAAAGGAAUAUGGUACAAUAAUAUUGUUACUCGUAAACUGAACAUUGUCAAUAACUCAGAGAUGAGGGAUGAGACCAGAAGUCAAUGGUUGAAUACUGCAGUAUCCUUCAUCCUUUCAGCUGAUUUAGGUUGUGUGCGCGCGCAAUUUCAAUCUGCGCGUUUCCUUUAUUUUCUUAUUUAACGUGCGCGUUUAGUUCGUUAUGUAACGUAUUACUUUUACUUUGCGUUGUUUUCCAAACUAAAAUACCUUAAGUCAGUAACUGUGUUCAGAUUAAGGAUGGGUCCCCCUAAAAUUUUCUACAUUUGGGUGCAGUUUAUGGAGCCGAAACCAAAUGAGGAAUUGCAUACAUCCCAGGCAUCCUGCCGAUGAACAGUUACGACAUGCAGAUAUUUCCUGUAACAACAAUUUGCCGCCUGUCCUCUUCGAAUUAUAAUCCACUCCUCUCGAGGCUUACAUACCAGGUACCAGAGGUUUCUUUCCAACACGGUUUUGUAAACAAAUUAUUUCUAAUGAAAUACUACACGAAUGUCAGCGACGCGAACGACUUCAUACUUCCUAAAAACCACGAUGAAAAGAAACCUCUGUUUACAAAAUAAGUCUUUAAGGACUGAAAUUUAAAAUCUGUGCCUUCAGUAAUGCGUUCUAAAGUUUGAUACCUCGAGUGAACCAAGAGAUGAUAAGAUGAACGAUGAACUGGGGAAUAGUUUGGUGUUGCGUGUAACCUCGCCCAUUUUUGCGUGUAAUGUAACGUUAUUCCGUUUGAUCUGGGUCUUGUAUCCAUCAAGCUGAAAUUAGGACUUGUUUCUUUCUCUCAUAGGUGUGCACCAGUUGUAACGUGAAUACGUCGCGUCUGUUUAUGUGCAGUGGAUGUUGGUCAGCCUGCUACUGUGGAGAAGAAUGCCAGAGAGAUCACUGGCCGACACACAUGGAAACUUGCCGCGGGUUCAGCCCUAGAACUACCGAAGCCCAGAGAGUGUAA